UAGGUGAUUAGGUGAUGAGUGAUGCCCAAAGUGCCCAGGGCCCAGGAGUCUUCGUUGCUUCCAUCUUAAUAUGGUAGUACAUAACGUAGGUACCUAGCCUAAGACAGGUAACCCCACCACAAAUAACCCAAAUAACCCAAAUACGAGUCUCCCCAAAUACCCACGCCAACAACUCCAACAACUCGGAGACCCUUCAGUUUUAACUGUGCAUCCAUUGUUUCCGUACAUACCUCUCUCUCCCAUCCCCCAUCCCCCAUCCGCUUUCGACCGACACAAUCAGACAGGACUCGAGUCUAAAAUAAAACCGGUUCUUCAAUAUAUGUCCUCGUGGAAACAUCAUUUCGGUGCUUAGGUACCCAUCCGAUUACUCUUAUUCAUACUCCCCGCCGCGUGUUAUAGCACCCCUCCUCCGCAUUCCAACCGCCGAAGCUUCCCCCCACUACCGAACUACUUGGUGAACUACUUGGUACCAACAAAGCGGUCGCGACGUGCGCCUUUAUAUGCGGAACAAACGACCGACAUACUGUACCCCGAUAUAUUUCAUCCUCUAGUAUCGAGGGGCCGAGCUCCGAGUCCUCGUCGACCAGAUCAUCUACCAAUAUACCCGUUGUCUCCCCAGAAAUCACCUAUUGAUAGGUGAUACAAGUCGUCGCGAUGCCACCGCUAUCCUCCGUCCAGAAAGCGGCGGUAGCUAGUUUCGUGUCGAUAACCGGGGCUUCAGACAAGAUCGCUAGUAGAUACCUCAAAAACACAGGGUACAAGUUGAACGAAGCCGUUGAUGCGUUCUUCCAAGGGAAUGCUAGCGCAUCAAUUACGACCAAGGAAUUACAACUUACGAAGCUGUUUGACAGCCUCAGGAAUACUGAGGGGGACCCGAAAGAUGCACUCGGUGCGGAUUCAUCUAUGGCCUAUCUGACUUCUAUCGGCGUCGACCUUGAAGGGGCGUCACUCUUUCUUGCCAUGGAACUCGUCCAGGCUCCUACUAUAGGCGAAAUCACCCGAACAGGCUUCAUAAAUGGCUGGAAAGCUAAUCCGGCGGCUGAGCCCAAGAUCGAAGGCCAAAAGCAAUACUUCAAACGCCUUGCCGACUCACUAAGCAAGGAUCGAGACCUAUUUCGUAAGGUCUACCGGUACGCUUUCGUCGUCGGUCGAGAAGGAGACCAACGGGCGCUCUCACUAGACAACGCGAUUUUGUACUGGGAGCUGCUUUUCAAGAAGCCGGGCAUGCUAUGGAUUGGAGAGACUACGGGCACCGAUUGGUUGGCUGAGUGGAUUGCGUUUCUGCGAGAGAAUUGGACACGGUCGGUUAGCCGCGAUAUGUGGAACCAGACUUUCGAAUUUGCACUGAAGAGCAUGGCGGACGAGGCACUGAGCUUCUGGAGCGAGGAUGGAGCUUGGCCGGGCGUUAUUGACGACUUUGUGGCCUGGUACAAACGCAAGUCGUCGGAAAUGGACGUCGAUGCUUGAUCAGUUGUUCCCGAACUAGUCGAGGUAGCUAACUCGGUAUUCGUACCAUGGAACGGAUAUUGACGUGGGGGGAUAGCAGGGAAGGGUAUCGGGGUGCGAGUGUUUGUGAACACGCUUCGAGAAGCUCGUCCAGUACGAGAAGCGAGACGAUAUAGGAGAUAUCACUACAGCGCUACGGAACAAGGGAUCAGCUUUGCUUUGCAUUAAAUCAUCAUCACCCUCGGUCACCUAGCAAGACACGCUAGGGAAAGGAAGGGUUCAAUAAAUAAUUAAGAUACCUAUUAUGAAUAUUCUCAGGGGAUGUUAAAGCGUAGUACUGUCUUCUUGUAGGGUUUCUUUCCAGUAUCAUAUACUAUGUUCCCGACAGCAUGACCACCAGCGUGAGAAUAAGCGAGGAGAUGUACGACGAUGAAACGCGUUGCGCCCGUUUUGCUUUCUUCUUUUCUCCUCUACAAAAAUGUCGGAAGUAAUCAAGGCCAUGUAUUAUAUCCAGCAGUAUAACUCAGAGUUAUCCGUUCGGUUCACUUAUAUGAGCCACGACAGCCAGCUAACGGUUGCAAAUAUCCAA